GGCGUGGGCGGCGGGGGGGGGCACCGCGGGACCGUGAGCGCCCCUCCCGCGGGCUCGUCGGUGGGACGAAUAGUGGUGGGCGGCGACGGGCCGGCCCCGGGCAGUCGGCCACCUGCCGUCUGCCCUCCCGUCCAAUUCCCCGUCCAGGUCUGAGCCCCUGCUGCAGCGGCCUGGGGCGCGCUCGGGUCGCGGACACCCGCCACGUGUUGAAGCUCCCAGAAGCCGCCCGUGCGAGGCCGAGGCGGGGCGGGACUCCUGUGCCGCCCACCCCGCGCUCGGGUCCCUCCGGGGCCUUUGCUGGCCGCGUGGCGGGGAAGGAGCGAAGCCGGCGGGAAAGGACGGGCCGGCGCCUCGGCCAUGACCCCGGUGCGGGUUCUGGUCCCCGGAAGAUCGGGGACCCCGUAAUGUCAGGCACUGAGGCAGUGUGACCGCCGCAGCGGCUCUCGGGGACACCGUCCUUCGCUGCUGGCCGUCGUGUCCCUGCCGUGCUGGCUGCGGUGGUUCCGUGCUGCUGGGUCCGUGAGGAGCCCCCUAUGCUCCCCGCGUGCCCGCGCGUCUGUGUCCCUGUCGGAGCGCAAGGCUGAGGCCCGCUGGGAGUCAGACCCGCGCCUUCCUCUCCGGGGCGGCUGCGGCAGCUGGCCGCCCGUUGCUCCCGUGGUUCCGGCUGAUGACGUCCGCUGAGACGGGCAGGGCUCUGUGAGGGUCAGCCAUGGGGGGCUGGGUGAGGCUGGGGCCGGUCCGGGACGGCUUCUCGGCGGUGGAGCUGGGAGGGGCUGUCCUGGCAGCAGGUGUGCUGCUGUGCAGAGGCCCCGGGAGGCUGAGCCAAGGGCAGCGGGGUGGAAGCACCUGGAGAACGUUGCUCCGCCUCCUGUCCCCACCUGUGUGGGCAUCUCUCAGGGCCUCAGCCCAGUGGGGUCUUCCUCUGAGCCCCUGGACCUGAGCAUGAGGGUCUGUCUAGGGGAGCAAGCCCCAGACAGGGAACAGAUAGACUGCCAGCUUUCCCAUGACCACUGAGCUGGGGGAAGUGUCGGGAGGGUCCCCUCCCAUUCCCACGUCCUUGAGCUGGGUGAUCUAGCAGGCAGGGGGUGUCCCCUUCACUCCUGCUGGGUGGGAGGUUUCGGGGUGUGAUCUGGAACCCAUGGUGUUUUCCGGAACGUGGGUCUCUGGCCUCUCCACCUACAGGAGCUACGGCUGAGCGAGGCGGCUGGGGAGGAGCGUGGAUGGUUCCUCCUCGUUCUCCGUGCAGAGGGGAGCGAGGGCCUCGAGUCCAGCAGACCUGGCCUGGGGCCGAGCCUCGUCCCUAGGAACACGUGGGCCUGGAUUUCCUUGUCCAUAGAGCGAGUGGGGGAAGGGCGUGUGUUCUCGGCAAGACUGUCAUGCAGGAAAGGCGGAGCGACCCCACAGAUUGUUUCCGGGGGCUGCAGCAUCGGUCUUUUCCGGGGGCUGCAGCCGUGUCUUUUCUCUGUGAAAGUCGUGCCUGGCGUCUUCUGUCCAGCAGGAGGGUGAGGGGCUGUGGCAGGUCAGUACCCUGACCUCAGGGGUAGCUCUUUGGAGAGGUACGGAGUAGGGAGGCCUUCUCCGGGGGACCUGACGUUAGAAGGAGAACCGUGUUCAGGAAAAGCAGGAGGGACUUAGCACAGUGGCCAACUUCCUUGGGGCAGCAGGCGGAGGUUGUACCUUGCUGCUGGGUGUCCUGGCUGCCCGUGCUCUGCUCCCGCGACCCUCGCAGCAGCCCUUCCUGGGAUGGGAGGCCAGGCUGCGCGUCAGUCCUGCGGCCAUCUCCGGGGCUGGGGCUCAAGGCUGGGGCGCGGCUCCUCGUGCCUCAACCGGCCCCCCGACGGACCAGCCGCAGCCCUGCGUCCCCCCGCCUCUGGCUGCCGGUGUGUGUCCUCCGGCUUCGGCCCCACUCCCAGAGAGGCCGCGGUGCUCUUACUGCCCCACGACUGCUUUCAGAGCAACGCAGGGUGGUGGUUCUCGGUGAAGCCGCAGCGACGUCUCCUGGCGUCAGAGCUGGGCCGCAGAACCGCUUUCACGAGUUCGCUCUGUCGGCGGCACGCACCGUGGGGUGCCGUUUUUAGUACACCCACGAAAUUGUGCAGCCGUGACAUCUGUCUAGUUCCAGAACAUUCCAUCACCCCCAAACGAGCCCUUUGUCCGUUAGCAUCGCUGCCCCAGCCCUCGGGAGCUAGUCUCUCUCGAACAGCUUCAUGGAGAGAACGAUUCACGUGUGGACAGUUCUCCCGUUUGAAGCGCACAACUGAACAGUUUCUAGCACAUUCAUAGCUCGGCGGAGAUGGACCCUGCGGGGCUCGGCGGAGAUGGACCCUGCGCGCUGCGGUUUACCCGCUGCAGGCGUGCAGGUCGGCCGAGCCCCGUGUCACAGUCGUGUGUCCUCACCAGGGCGAGCCUUAAGACGUUCCCUCUCCCCAGCCCCAGUGGGAAGAAGUUCCGGAGCAAGCCUCAGCUGGCGCGGUACCUGGGGGGCUCCAUGGACCUGAGCACCUUCGACUUCCGGACGGGCAAGAUGCUCGUGGGCAAGAUGAACCGCAGCCGCCAGCGGGUCCGCUACGACUCGGCCAGCCAGGCCAAGGGCAAGCCGGACCUGAACACGGCCCUCCCCGUCAGACAGACCGCGUCCAUCUUCAAGCAGCCAGUGACUAAGAUCACCAACCACCCCAGCAACAAGGUGAAGAGUGACCCACAGAAGGCCGUGGAGCAGCCUCGGCAGCUUUUCUGGGAGAAGAAGCUGAGCGGUCUCAAUGCCUUUGACAUCGCCGAGGAGCUCGUCAAGACCAUGGACCUCCCCAAGGGCCUGCAGGGCGUGGGGCCCGGCUGCACGGACGAGACCCUGCUGUCGGCCAUCGCCAGCGCCCUGCACACCAGUACCAUGCCCAUCACCGGGCAGCUCUCCGCCGCCGUGGAGAAGAACCCUGGGGUGUGGCUGAACACGGCCCAGCCCCUCUGCAAGGCCUUCAUGGUGACCGACGAGGACAUCAGGAAGCAGGAGGAGCUGGUACAGCAGGUACGCAAGCGGCUCGAGGAGGCGCUGGUGGCCGACAUGCUGGCCCACGUGGAGGAGCUGGCCCGGGACGGCGAGGCGCCGCUGGACAAGGCCGGCGCCGACGACGACGACGACGAGGACGAGGACGAGGACGAGGAUGAGCCCGACCAGGACCAGGAGAUGGAGCACAUGUAAAGCAGAGGUCCCGUGGAGGCCUGCGUGCGGGGAGCCCCCUGCAGACUCCGCUGUCUCUGCACUCGGACCAGGCUCUGGGGCCCAGCCCAGCAGGCCGGGGAUGAUGGCGGCCCCUCCUAGGCCUUCCCAGGCGUGUCCCCUCCCCUGGGUCCACGGGGGCACGGCUGGAGGACAGUUCCUGCCUGACAGGCCCCCCACGUUUGCUCUCCUCUGAAGGGUCUGGGUCCAUACGCGCCCGUCGCCUCUGGGCCUGGCUGCAGGGGUCCUCCUUGGAACCCUCCCCCCGCCCUGGACUUGGGGCCGGCCUUGUCCCCACGGCCACAUCACACAGGACAGCUGCCGCGGGGCGGCCUGUGAGGGUCCCCAAGGGGCUGGAGAAAUAUUUUUUGGAACAGUCUUGCUCCCUGCCCCCAGCGUGUGAGGGACGCUGCUCCAGGGUCCGCACGUCAGACCUCCAGGAAGGGGGUGCGGGACGGCUGCCCUGUGCGCCCACUGGCGGGCAAGGCCAUGACCGCUCCGAGCUCAUCUGAAGGCAAACGCACAGCCCAGACGUUUUCCUUCAAUAAACCCGCGUACAAACGAGGCUGGACGUCCGCUCGACCGGUCAGCCCAUGCGUCUGCUGCACGUGGAGGCGAACUUCGUCUUUGUGUCGGGGGAGCUCACCGUCGACGGCGCGGCCGCCCCUGCCCGCGGUCAGCCGGCCUCCAGUGACAGCCAGCUCCCGGCCGACGUCCCGGGCCGGGGCUCCAAGGCAGCUGUGCCACGGGCCGGGGCUCCGCGUCCCCCUCCCCCUGUGGCGGGGACGGUGACACCCGGCGCUCAGGGCCAGAGCUGGUGCUGGGGCCACGGCCUCUCCGGGGUCCUGUCCUGGGGUGUGUUCUGUGGGCCCUGUGUUUCCAGCACCCGGUGCGCAGAGCAGCGGCCUCGGAGGAGCUCGGGGUGCGGAGGCCAUUGGAACCGUGACGCUCCGCCCUCCACCUCUUAGCUGGAGUGCCUUGGGUGAGGGGAGCCCUCCCGUCCCCGCUCAGCCCCGGCCCACAGCCCAAGACUGUGGGGCGGGACCUGGGCUGUUGCGUGUGUGGCUGUCACCCUGGCUGAUGCGCAGGGUCUGGGAGGUAGUGAGAGGCACCUGGCGGUCGGAGGACGCUGGCCCAGCUCGGCACACGGCAGCUUCGUGCCCGGCCCAUCAAAGCACAAAUUCUCCGGGACCAGCGCGGGAGUGUGUGCAGGCCCUCAGGGGCCCCGGGCCACCACCGGCCUCCAGGAGGGCCCCUCCCCUGCGGCCACAUGGCCUCCUGCCCUUCAGAGGCCACAGCUGCUGAGGGAGCUCUGUCUGGGGCUGGCCCCUGUGUGGGCCUGAGGUCCAGGUGCUGGGGCCCCUGCCCAGCCGGGGGGACUGCGGGGCCCGGGAGGCGCCGUGUGCUGUAGGCGACUGUUGAAUAAAGCGGUCUCGGUGA